CAGAGAGCACAGGGAGGAUUUCUCACAGCCUGAGGAAAGGCAUAGAUUUAGAAAAACAAUAUUAUUUAAAUUUUUAUUACAUUUUAUUAAUUUUUAUACCUAGUAGCCCAGUUAGUAGUUCUAAUUAAGCAAUGACACGCCUCAUAGCACAUUUAUGUUAUGUAGUCUUCAGCAUCACUCCUGCCUGAUGUUUCUUUUUAUUAUUAUUAUUAUUAUUUUUUCCACCAACCUGUUUGGAAUUGAGAAGAGAAAGAUGCAGGUGGGGUACUGAACGGAGCAGCCGCUUUCGCAGAGGGAUUACAUCACCUUGAUGUGAACAGAUAUAUUUUGAAGGAGGGGAAUAGAAGAGAGGAAGACAGAGCCCCAAAGUCUGUCGGCAAGGAAACGGGCGCGCGACGACGGCAUGUUCGUGACAACAUGAAAAAGAAAAAGUGCGAAAGAUUAUUGUGAACGGGGGAGAUCGAGACAGACGGAGGAGAGAGAGUCAAGGAGGAGAACACACCCAAACCUGCCAGAGUUCCCUGGUUGCCAUGGAUCCCCCUCCCUCUUUGAGCUUGGCCCUUCUUGCCGGGAGCGAAGAAGAAGAUCAGCACGUUCCCCACCCUUUGAGUGGUAUGUCCCACACGUCCAUUUCCAGCAACUAUCCAGGCAGCAAUCACUCUAACCACACGGGUGGAACCAGCAGCCUGGAGCGGCUUAAUGGCACACCGUCACCAACCGGCCCAAACCUUCCACCAGUCUCCUUGCCCAAGCUUCCACUGGUGACAACACCACAGCUGCCGGCGCCAAUCCCCAAUGCACUCCACCCCACCAGCACGCCACUCUCAUCCUGCCUGGGCAGCCAGCAUAGCCUGAGUGGUGAAACGUCGCCUAUCUACAACGCCCUCUUUUAUUCCUCUCACUCACCAACAGGCGAGCGGGAACGGGAACGGGAUCGAGGUUGCAAGCACAGGCAGGCCAGUCCACUGGUGCACCGCAGGGACAGUAACCCGUUCACCGAGAUCGCCAUGAGCUCAUGUAAGUACACGGGUGGCGUGAUGAAACCUCUCAGCCGUCUCAGCGCCUCGCGCAGGAACCUCAUUGAGUCUGACAGUGGAAGUGACAGCAAAGAGGGUGGGGCUGCCACUGGACAUGGGGCAGUGCCCUCCUCCUCCUCUUCUACUACUGCACCCCAGAACCCACCUGAGAUUGUCAUCUCCUCCAAAGAGGAUCCACCAUAUGGACAUGUCUAUGAGCUUGAGUCAUCGGCUAAUCAGAUGUCUAUCUAUCACCAGAACCACACCCUCUCUGAGAGUAGGGGCACUCUGGGGUUGACAGGAAGUGGGGGGAAUGGACGACGGGGCGGGACAGGUGGAGAGACUGGGAGGACAGCCUCCAAAGCUCCUAAGCGCAAGAACCAGAAUAUUGGCUACAAGCUUGGCCACCGGAGGGCGCUGUUCGAGAAAAGGAAGAGACUCAGUGACUAUGCGCUCAUCUUUGGCAUGUUUGGCAUCGUUGUCAUGGUGAUUGAGACGGAGCUUUCCUGGGGUGUCUAUAGCAAGAGCUCCAUGUAUUCCCUGGCAUUGAAAUGUCUUAUCAGCCUGUCUACCAUCAUCCUCCUCGGCCUCAUCAUUGCUUACCAUGCUCGAGAGGUGCAGCUCUUUGUCAUCGAUAACGGCGCAGACGACUGGCGCAUCGCCAUGACCAUGGAGCGAGUACUGUUGAUUGCGCUGGAGCUGCUGGUCUCAGCUGUGCACCCAGUGCCCGGAGACUUCAAGUUUGUGUGGCGCGCUCGACUCGCAUUCACGUACAUCCCCUCGCAGGCAGAGGCUGACCUGGACAUGGUGCUUUCCGUGCCCAUGUUCCUCCGACUCUACCUCAUCGCCCGUGUUAUGCUCCUCCAUAGCAAGCUGUUCACCGAUGCCUCCUCCCGGAGCAUAGGGGCUCUCAACAAGGUGCACUUUAACACACGGUUUGUGAUGAAGACCCUGAUGACUAUCUGCCCGGGCACAGUGCUACUGGUCUUCAGCAUCUCCCUGUGGAUCAUUGCAGCCUGGACUGUACGAGUAUGUGAGCGGUACCAUGAUGCUCAGGACGUGACCAGCAAUUUCCUGGGAGCCAUGUGGCUCAUCUCCAUCACCUUCCUCUCCAUUGGCUAUGGAGACAUGGUGCCUCAUACCUACUGUGGCAAGGGAGUGUGUCUUCUGACUGGCAUUAUGGGGGCAGGCUGCACAGCGCUGGUUGUUGCCGUGGUAGCAAGGAAGCUGGAGCUGACCAAGGCUGAGAAGCAUGUGCACAACUUCAUGAUGGACACACAGCUCACAAAACGGAUAAAGAAUGCAGCAGCCAACGUUCUUCGAGAAACAUGGCUGAUCUACAAACACACCAAGUUGAUGAAGAAGAUCGACCACUCGCGUGUGCGAAAGCACCAGAGGAAAUUCCUGCAAGCCAUCCACCAACUGCGAAGUGUAAAAAUGGAGCAAAGAAAACUGAGUGACCAGGCCAAUACACUAGUGGACCUCUCAAAGAUGCAGAGCGUGAUGUAUGAGCUCAUGUCUGAGCUGAAUGACCGCAGUGAGGAUCUGGAGCGCCAGAUGUUGAGCCUGGAGCAGCGAGUCGAGCAGCUCACGGCAGGUUUCAGUGCUCUGCCUGCUCACCUCUCAGCCACGCUAAAUGCACAGCACGCUGCGCUCAUCCGCUUGCUGCAGGAGCGAGAUGCCAAGACCCCCAGCCCCAUCGUGCCCGCCCUCAUCACACCCACGCCCAGUGCCAACAACCAGGCCUCAGAGGAGAGCCCCAACACCAGUACAUCCAACUGCUGAGAAACAGAGGCUCUGCCAAGCUGAAGAAGGAAAGUGUGGCUGAGAAAGGUGUGGAGACUGAAAGAUAGGGAGGAAUCGGGUUCAGAGGAGUUUGGGAAUAAAGUAACAAGUUGCACACAGAUAAGAAGCUGAUGAUGAGGGAGGUGGAGAGUGUGAGCAAGAUAAGAGAGAGUAAUUAAAUGAGAAGCAAAAUACUUUAAUGGAAUCUGCACUAAUUGGAGGAAAAAGUGUCUCUCCCUCCAUCAGGAAAUUAAUCACCAUGGCUUAGGACACAAUUUCUACCUGACUGCUAACCACAUAUUAAUAAGCAACCCUUUAACAAGAACUCUAGUCACUACCAAGACUAAUGGCAAGACAUAAACACAGAGGCACAUGCCAGGCCUGCCGUUACGAUCCAUUCACAGGACACGGAAUUAAGACCCAGCGCAACACUGUGUCAGAGGCACACACAAACACACACACACACAGACAACCAACAAUGCACUAAAUUCACACCACUGAACACUGCCAGAUGGACCAUUUUUUCAAGGAGAAUUCGCUCACUUCUGCACGGAAUGAGAACUGCCAUAUUUCGUGGAAUACACACGAAAGCCUAUUCACACUGUUAUCAUGAAUGUCUGCAUUUGAAAACACAUGCACUCUUUUGCUCUUAAUCUCUGUCUUGCACACACAAACAUUCUUUCUCUGAAUAUCUGCUACCAAAGUGCUGUCUAUAAGGCAACAGGAAUAAAGGAAGUGGUCAGUGGUAUACAUAUACAAGUCCUCAAAACCUCAUAAUGUUACCAUGGGGAAAGGAGAAAUAAUUAUAGAAUCCAAACGGUGUCUUUAACAACCUGAAAGAUGAGACAGCCAUUUGCAGCAAGGGGAAACCGAAGCCAGUCAAUACACACACACACACACACACACAUAUACACACACACACAACUAAACAGCUGCUCACAAGGGAAUAAACUGUAGAGUUGAGAAUUAGUCUUUCUGUGAGUGUAACUGAACCUGUGCUAAUGGUGUGUGUUGGGAAUAAGAGACUCUUUCCUGCUGACCCUCAUUUCUACAGAGACCAUUCUUUCUGAAAACUGUCUCAUAGUGACAUCCUGUGGCCGGAAUACUGAGUUACAUCUGCUUGGAAUUAUUGAAAAUGAUGCUGUUAACUGAAACUAGCUUUGUAUUGCUGUUUUUUUUAAUUAAUUUAUUUCAUUAUUUAUUGUUUGUUUAUUUAUUUAUUUUUUACCAUUAACAAUUACUAACGCAGUUAUAGCGAAUAUUUACUACUAAUAUACUAUGGCAUCCUUCUCAUUCAUCAUGACAGUUAAUGGUCGCUGUAUUAAUACCGACUUUAAUAAUAUUAACUAUUGCUAAGGGAUGUUCGGUUUGAGGUUGAAAUUAUUUUGUAAUUUUAUUUUACCAGAGAGAAUUAAUAAAGUAUAUAUCUAUAUAACGUCUCA